GCAGCAAGAGGCUGGCUGAGCUGGAGCUGAACGGGGAAAAGGCGAGGCACAAGACGGCGCUCUUUGUGAAGGAGGAGGAGCUCCGCAGGGAGCGCGAGAAGACGGAGGCUGCCCAGGCUGCCCUGCGGCAGAACAAGCUCAACCACGACGUCGGCUACCAGAAGGGGCUGCUGCAGGCGGAGCGGGACCAGGCUGCCCGCGCGAAGGCAGCUGCCGCGGCGCGCAGGGAGGCCGAGCAGAAGGCCAAGACCGCGGGCCAGAACCACGGCCAGGGAGGCGCAAGCCCGGGCAAGGGCACGGACCCAGACGGGGGCCAGAGGGGCAAGGGCCCCGGCAAGGGCAACGGGCAGGCGGCUGCCUAG